AUGGAAAGGGAAGAGGUUGUUAGUGGUGGUAGUGGUGGUGGUGGUGGCGGUGGUGGUGGCAGGGAUGGCAGUGGUGGUGGUGGUGGCGAUGGUGGUUGUGGUGGUGGCAGUGGCGGCGGUGGUGGUGGUGGCGGCGAUAGCGGCAACGGCGACGGUGGUGGCGGUAGCGACGACGACGACGGCAGUGACAGUGUUGGAGGUAAUAGCGGUAGUAGUGGUGGUGGUGGUGGUGAUGGUGGUGGUGGUGGUGGUGGUAGAGGUGGUGGUAGCAGCAGCGGCGGUGGUGGCAGCGGCAAUGGAGGUGGUGGAGGAGAAAGAGAAAGAGAAGGUGGGGGUUAG